AUGGGGAACCAAAGGCCCUACUUCUAAAACACGAAAAAGGCCAAAAGAAUUGCUAUGGCGCUAUACUCAGCAAUUCGCAGAGUAUCUAAAUCCACAAUUCCUCUUGCAGUUCGCUCCGUCGCUACUGCAGCAACUUCCUAUUUUUCCGCUGCCACCGCCACCGCCACUGCCGCCGUUGAAAACAGUGAUUUGGGCAGCAUUUCUCGAAGCUUCUCAAUCCCGGUGCUUCACUACUCUACCAGCGCAGUCAAGAAGAAGAAGAGCAAACACAGCUCCUUUGAUGAUAUUCUGCUCCAAAUUGUCGAUUCGGAAAUCAAUUUUGCCCUAGAUUCUGAUUUUCAUGGCUGCGUUGUAGACAUCCCAGAUGGGUUUCCUUUUAAGGUUCAAGAUAAAGCUGGAGAAAGAGUUAUUGUUCUUACGAGAGAUUAUGGAGAAGAGACCAUAAAUAUUGAAGUUGACAUGCCUAAUGCUAGAUGUGAAAAUUCUGCAGAUGAUGCUGUUAACACUGAGGAAGAGAGUGAGCCACAACCUAGUGUUCCAUUGUCAGUCACCGUGUCAAAAGAAAAUGGCUUGUCACUAGAGUUUGAUGUCAGAGCUUUCCCAAAUAAAAUUUUGAUUUGUGACAUAUCCAUCAAGGAGCUCAAAAGUUCAAGAAAUCAGCUAGACUAUAGAGGGCCUGCUGUUUCACUUCUAAAUGAAAGUCUGCAGAAGUCUUUCUAUGAAUAUCUUGAAGUCAGAGGGCUGACGGGCAGCACUUCCAACUUUUUGCUGGAGUAUGUAAUUAGCAAAGACAGCAAGGAAUACAUCCAGUGGCUUAAAAAUAUCAAGAAGUUUGUCGAAACUGGUCUGUAGCUGAGGAUAACAUUGCUGAAGAAACAUUUGGGGAAUUUCAGACGAUAGAUGAUGAAGGUUGGAUCGUCAACGGUGGUAAGAAACGGCAACAGUAAUCAUGACCAACUUCUUCACGGUAGUGCCAGCUUUAAAAGAUAGCAUAAGUAGAGGCAAUCCUUGCACAAAUUUGAGUUUUUUGCUUUUUGUGAUUUUGUUGAAUAGAUUAGAUUCUCUCAGUCUCAGGCAAUUGACCUACCCAUAAAGUAGCUUGCAAUAAUAACGUUAUUGCAUGAACUGCGCAACUUUCUUAAGCUGCAGCAUACAGGUACCAAUAUAAGAUACCAAAUCAGACACAUGAGGGAAGCAGAGCUGCAGACCGCCUUUCUCAUAGAGGACAUGUAGUUCUACUACUAUUUAUUGAUUUUGCUGAAGGGACCUUGGCUUGUAUAGUCUAAUGACAUUAGAGGUUUUGUUCCCAGAGCAUAGUACGACUCCAGGGGAUACAUAUAACAAAAUAAUAGGAAGGCCUAGUUUUUUCCCCUUUGAUUGUUUGACAU